UGUACAGAUGUUGAUAGGGUCAUCUUGUAAAUUUUUAUCCCACAACAAACACUUCCUAACAAAAGAUUUAUCUCACAGUGAAGUCAGCAAGGGUGAAGACAGCAAGGGUGAAGAUAGCAAGGAUGAAGACAGCAAGGGUGAAGAUAGCAAGGAUGAAGACAGCAAGGAUGAAGACAGUAAGGAUGAAGACAGUAAGGAUGAAGACAGUAAGGAUGAAGACAGCAAGGAUGAAGACAGUAAGGAUGAAGACAGCAAGGGUGAAGAUAGCAAGGAUGAAGACAGCAAGGAUGAAGACAGCAAGGAUGAAGACAGCAAGGAUGAAGACAGCAAGGGUGAAGACAGCAAGGGUGAAGAUAGCAAGAACAUCAGACAGUAUUAUCUGUUCCCCAUAUGGGUUCCCGGGCCCCUUUCUAGGGUUUGA